AUCACCCCGCGCCGGCCUGCUCCGCGACGCGCCGGCGGCUGGCGCAGCCCUUCGCUCGCCCGGCCUCCCCCUCCCUGGUUCUGCGCUCUGGUUCCGCCAUGGAAUCUAACAAGGAUGAAGCCGAGCGCUGUAUUAGCAUCGCCCUCAAGGCCAUCCAGAGCAACCAGCCCGACCGAGCCCUCCGCUUCCUGGAGAAGGCGCAGCGCCUGUACCCGACGCCACGAGUUCGUGCCCUGAUCGAGUCCCUCAACCAGAAACCACAGCCUGCUGGUGACCAACCCCCACCCACAGAAGCAGCUCACGCCACCCACAGGAAAGCAGGUGGGACUGAUGCCCCCUCGGCCAACGGUGAAGCUGGAGGAGGGGAGAGCACCAAAGGCUACACGGCAGAACAAGUGGCAGCCGUGAAGAGGGUCAAGCAAUGCAAAGAUUACUACGAGAUCCUGGGGGUGAGCAGGGGGGCCUCAGAUGAGGACCUGAAGAAGGCCUACCGCAAACUAGCCCUCAAGUUCCACCCGGACAAGAACCAUGCACCUGGUGCCACUGAAGCUUUCAAAGCCAUUGGCACAGCAUAUGCGGUACUUAGCAACCCCGAGAAGAGGAAGCAGUAUGACCAGUUCGGAGACGACAAGAGCCAGGCAGCCCGGCACGGCCACGGGCACGGGGACUUCCACCGUGGCUUCGAGGCAGACAUUUCUCCUGAAGAUCUCUUCAACAUGUUCUUUGGCGGUGGCUUCCCUUCUAGUAAUGUUCAUGUCUACAGCAACGGCCGCAUGCGCUAUACCUACCAGCAGAGGCAGGACCGCAGGGAGAACCAGGGUGAUGGUGGGCUAGGGGUGUUUGUCCAGCUGAUGCCCAUCCUCAUCCUGAUCCUCGUGUCAGCUCUCAGCCAGCUCAUGGUGUCCAGCCCACCCUACAGUCUGAGCCCAAGACCGUCGGUGGGCCACAUCCACAGGCGAGUCACUGACCACCUGAACGUCGUCUACUACGUGGCAGACACCUUCUCUGAGGAGUACACGGGCUCCAGCCUCAAGACAGUCGAAAGGAAUGUGGAAGAUGAUUACAUCGCCAAUCUCCGAAACAACUGCUGGAAAGAAAAACAACAGAAGGAAGGAUUGCUGUACCGGGCCCGCUACUUCGGCGACACAGAUAUGUACCACAAAGCACAGAAGAUGGGCACCCCGAGCUGUAACCGACUGUCAGAGGUGCAGGCCUCCCUGCAUGGAUAGUCCUGGGCCAACCACGCCACCGAGGUCGAAACUAUGAAAUCCCUGGAGAAUUUUUGGUGACAUGCACUGAGCCAAGGUGAUGAACUGUAUGUUUAAGGAAAGACACACAAAGAAAAAAAAUUAAAAUGGAAUUGGAGGCCGAACGCCGCACAGCUGCCCUCUCUCACCCAGUAAUGCAGAAAGCUCUUAGGACAGACAGAAACCUGCCACGGGGCUGCUUCCCUCCCUUCCUCCCUGGGCCAGCAGAGGCUCCAUCAGCUCUCUCCUAGGAUACGGAAACCAUGGCAACGAAAAUAGAAUGUAAAACUUGGAGAAAACGUCUGUGGGAGGGCCCAAGGGAGGGGGUGCCUGACUGCCCUUCUUCCCCCUCCCAGGAACCCUCUGCGGUCACCCUCAGAAGGGAGUCAGGGGUGAUGGCCAAGGACAGAGAGGAGGAAAGAACUCUCUAUAGAAUGUAAUUUAUAGAUACAUCUAUAUGUAUAUAUAUCUAUUUAUAUGUAAAUAGGCAUAUAUAAAGAUAUAUAUAUAUAGUCUACUAUUUAAACUAUGCAGGGGUUUGGUUAAGUUGUUUAGCUGAAUUUCUUCGUGUUUAGAAAACAAGGCCUAUUUGGGGAAGACACCUGGGUCCUUCAAAAGCUAGACAUUAGCCAUAACUGACAGUGUAAGGAAAGCCUCCUCAUAUGCUUUUGAAGUUCCCCCAACCCCAGCCUGGUUUGGAUGACAGCAGUAAUCAUGAUAGUGUAAAACCAUAGACAAUUUCUGCAGGUUGCCAGGUUCGUGGUGAAGCUGGAAAGGAGCAGACCAUGGGGGGUGGGGAUGCCCCUCAGGGCCACUCCAGGUCAGUAUUGGGUCAUGGUAGAGGCCCCGUACAGGGCCUGCCAAGGAGAGACCACCCCCUCAAGCUGCCCCUCCCUUUUGGCCAGCUCAGGUGGGCUCUUUGUCCUGGUGCCCAGGAGCCCUUCUGUGCCCUGCCCACACACACAGCAGGGGUUGAGGGGGCCGGGCCGGCUUUUGCCUGCCCACUGUCCCACCCUACAGUCCCAGAGAGGGCUUUGCCUUAUAGGUGCCGCAGGGCACAGCUCCACCUUGCCACUGGUUUCUCCUAAGUCAUGCACCAAGGACUCCAGAAAGCUCUUCCACCAGGAAUCAGCAGGUGGUGCCCAGGACCCCGGGGUGGCAGCCCAGCUCCUGAAGAGAAGCAGUGAUGGAGGGUGCCUCUGUCUCCACCUCCAAGGAUGCGACUCCCCCAGGCCUGUUCGUGCACGCUGGACAAAGGACACAACUGGACCGGGACGAUUUUUGUACCCUCACCUUCAGAUGAGGAUUUUUCUCAAAACAGCAACUGCUGCCAGGGGCAGGAGGGAGGUUUUAUUUAUUCCCACAGUUCAGACCGAUCCAUUUGGAAUUUGUGUUUUCCCGCCUUUUCCUGUGGUGGCGGGCAUGUCGUCGAGCCUGCUGUCUUCCAAAGCCUUACUUCCCCACGCUGCCAGUCAGGAGAUGACAACUACCCUCCAAAUUUUCUCUUGGCUCUUUUUUUUUUUUUCCGAAGUUCCCCAACAAAUAGGAUUCUUGCUGGGAAAGGAAGUUUGGUAAAGAAAUGUCAAAUCUGGUUUUUAAACAAGGUCCACCCUGAAGUGAAGCGGCCCCGGCCCAGAGAGAUCAUAAGAACUGGACGUGGGCCAGAGUACCCCACCACGGUGGCCCUGGUGCUCUGCCCCCACCACCUGACUGGUCUUGGUAGACGUCCCUAGACGGGCUGAGCCACGUGCAAUAAGAACAUAGAUCCUAACGGAUCCCCUGAAAAGUUGUAUUUCUUGAAUUCGAAUUCUGAAAUUGUACAUCUAUAAAUAUAUGUUUAUUAUGUGAUUGGC